CCCCCCCCCCCCCCCCGUGUCUUGCAACCGAGUCAGCCUGCGGCACCAGCCAGCCUCUGAGGGCACGGCCCCAGGUCCCCGGGGACCCGCGUGUUUACCUUCAGCCCCAGGCUCAGCUCCUUCAGCGAGCGGCGCAUCUCGUUGGUGAGGAUGUUCAUCCUCUCGCACUCCUGGAAGGCGACCACCACGUAUGGGGUCUUCUCGGCCGCCUUGGCCAUGAUCUCGGCCAUGUUGAAAGUUUCUGGGAUCUUCUCCAGGAUCUCAUCCAGCAUGGCCUUCACCUGGAAGUCAGUCCCCGACAAGUCCUGUCACUGCGUGCGCCCCCAGCCCACCCCUGGCAUCCGGGACCUCCUGAGCAAAGGGCGCUGGGGCCGGGGGGUGGGGGGAGGCUGGAAAGAAAGGUCAGGGAGGUGCAGCCACGCCAACAGUCUUUGAAUAUUUAGGUCCCCGUUAUCAAGACCAUGGGAGCAGCAGGCCACCCUAGCCUGGGGCCUUCAGACAUUCUUGAAUGUCAGGUCACCUGACCCUGUCUGCCAUGUAGGCGUCUGUGGGGACCGUGUGGUCACACCCUGUCCAGGAGGGGCCCACACAGGGUCAUGUACCCCACUCCUGGUCAGGAGACGUGUGGUGUCAGUCAUCACACCAAGAAAGGGUCCUGAGGCCUCUCAGCCCUGAGGGUCUCGGGAUCCAGAACUCAGUCUACCUUUGGGAAGCCCACGACUUAGCUGGCCGUUACUAGGAUUCAUCCAGAAUUUACUAAAGUGUCAAGAUGCUGGUUGUGCACGAGAUGGCAGGGUGGCCCAGGUGAGCAGGAGUGCGUGGAGGGGUCUUACGCUGUCGACGUUCUGUGUUACUGGGGUGCGCCCCCUGUGGUCUGAUGAGCUCACAGAGGGGGACUGGUGAGCCCCCCCGCUCCCCGCUCCCCGCUCCCGGGCCAGCUCGGCCAUGGAGGAGGCAGUGGGGAGGGAGGCCGCCCAGGAGCAUCCCCACUGGGGCCCCACUUUUCUACCCCUGGUUCCGGGCCCCGCCCCUUCUCUGCUGCUGGCCCUGGGCCGAGUCUCCUGCCUUCUCCUCCCGAGACACUCCGGUGCCUGCUCCUGAGUCGGUCUCUUUGGGCUGCAUUUCCAGGACCGUCCGGAAGAGCUUCUCUGAGGUAACUGUCAGAAAGCCGAUCUCUGCAUUGGGGUGCAGGCCGUAUAGAUAGGGACUCUCGGGGGGCAGGUUCUCGUCGAUGUGCUCGUGAUAACCCUGCGGAGGGGCAGUUGGUGAGCAGGCUGCCAAGGGACCCGUGGCCGCCCUUGAUGGAGCCUUUCUGCCCACGCCUCCCCCCCUGCGCGGACCCCACUGGUUCUCCAACUCCCGCUCCCCCUCCCCCUCCCCCAGGCUGCGUUUGCAGCUGUCCUGGCUUCUCGUUCCAUUACCAGUGCUCCGUGUGUGACGCGGGGCCGUCCCCAGAGCCGGCCGGGACAGCGUUGCCCUUUGCCCCCGUGGCGUCACAGGGGAGCGCGUGUCCCCGAGCGGGGGCCCCCCUCACCUUGUAGUCCAGGUUGGGGGGGAUCGGGAAGCCCGGGGCCAGCAUGGUCUCGCCUUCCAGCAUCUCGGCGCGGACGUACUCGGCCAGGUACGUCCUGCAGAGCCGCCGGUCCCAGUCAUCCGUGACGUGGCCGCCGUACAUGAUCUCCCCGAACAGGUAGCGCAGGUCGUCCCAGGGCACCUCGGGGAGGACGGAGCUGGUCAGGGCACGUGCCCCCCGGCCCGUCGGGGCCGGCAAGAACCCACGGGCAGCCGACAGCGGGCGCUGAGGGCCGACUCCUCCCGUCACCCUGCCCCCGCCUCGCCCGCCUCCCCCCGUCCUCCCGGGUCCGGCCCCGUGGCCAGCCCCCGCUCGGCGGUGUCCUGCCUUCUCCUCUGGCAAGGGCCGCCCGGCCGCUCCCCUCCACCCGCAGCCUGGCCUCGGUGUCCCAGGACCCCCGGCCCCGAGGCAGCCUGCAGGCACCCCGACGGGUGCCACCACCCGUGCCUCCACGCACCGGCCACUGGCCAGAGCGGUUUAACUCCGCGCUGACUGGGUGUGGACGCGCGGGCGCCAUUUCUGUCGGCCCGUCAGGCCAUGCAGUGUGUCCGUCCGCAGGGUCUUCCGUCCCACCCACUGGACUUGCCUGGCGCGGAGUGUCCUGGCUUGUCGCCCCCUCUCGCUGCGUGUGCCCCGCAGGGCUCUGCAGCCCGGGAGCUCCAACGAGGGGCGGACGGGGCAGGGCUCACCCGCCCAGAGCGGGGCGUCUGCCCUGGCACUCCUCCCAGAACGCUCCUCUCCGCCGCCACUCGCCAAGGCAAUGCCCGACUUCCCAGCCCAGCUCCGAGGCUGCCUCCUCCAGGAAGCCAGCGGGUGAGCUCUGGCUUCCAGGCGCAAGCCCGAUGCCGGUCCUCACGCACACGGAGCUCCCCUGGUGGGGCCGCACGGGAGCCCCACGUGUCAUUUCAGAUUCGCCGGCAGCCACAGGACACGACUGUCCCCACAGCAGCGAGCAGCUUGAGACGUUUGUGCCCUGCCUGGCCAUCUAGGAACAUGCUGAGCUGCGUUUUCUGCAUUUUGCUGGUCUGUUCUGGGAGGCAGAGCUGGACACAGGCCCCUCCACCCCCGGCCCCCACGGUCUGCCUCCUGUCCGUCCCCGCGGGGUGGGGCCGUGGGACCGACAGGCAGGGACGGUGCCGCUCUGUCCCGGAGUGCACGUCGGAGGCGGGGCCCAGCCUCUCGCUGAGCCUGCCGGAGUCAUGUGCGGAGCCUGCAGUGACUGCUCAGAGCUGGGGGGACACAACCGUGGGGCAUGGACUUCGUCACAGGCCGUUACCGAACGACAGAGGGGGAGGUCACGCCAGGUCAGCCUGGCGGGACUCGCGUUCCCGUGUGGGUCCUUCACCGCCGUCCGCUGCUCGCUGGAGCCCGGGGCCUGCGUCCCGGAGCCGUUUCUGCCCACCUUGGCUUCCGUGUGUGCGCGGACAACGGGACAAGAGUCUAGAUGCACGAGCAAGGCGAUUGCUCCCACGCGAGCCUCCCCGGAGAGGGUCUCUGACCGACGUGCAGCGUGGUGGGGACGCUCCGUCCCGGCGCUUCCCAGCGGUGCUCACUUGCGCGUCGGGAGGCAGCUGCGGGCCUUCAGCUCUGACCCUGUUUCUGGUGACGUGAGCCAGCAGCACUCCAGGCCUCCCGACCUGCAGGAGGCGACGGCCUUGCCCUCCCCCCGGAUGGCUGGCUGCUGGCCCCUUCUGCGCCCUGCACCCCGGGGCUGGGCUUUGCCAGGAACUAAGCCAGCAAGCAACACGCUGCGCUCCGACUCGGGCGGUGGCCGUGCUGAGGGCCGUCGCAUGCGGUCAGGGCCAGGCCAGCGGCGGUGUCUGCCCUCAGAGGCCACCAGAGGUCCUCACAGGCGGCCCCUUGGCACACCUGGGGGCUGCCUGCGGGCAUGCUGGGCUAUGCUUGCCUUCCUGCCCUGGCCCUGGCCUCCCUCUGCCCACAUCUUGAGGUUUUUUUUCCGGCUGGGGGGAAACAGUGGGAAUCGGACGGGCAGCCCAGGAUGCGCCCCGAGGCCGGUGGGGGCUCUCCCUGGGCUUAAUCCCCAAAGCGUGAAGCCAGGUGCCUGGUUAAGGGCAGAGCUGGGCGUCGCUUGCGACCUGGCCUCUGGGGCCUCAGGAGGGGUGCUGCCUGGCCUGCCCCUUGUCCCCCCCGCACUGUCUCCCACCCCUGCGCUGCAUCCCAGUCUUGUCUCUGCUGGUUCAGGGGAGGCACCGCCUGUGGAGUACGCAGGUGCCUGCCUCUCCUGGGGGGUCACAGCAGGGGGGCCGGGUCGCCCCAGACUCUGAACCAGACUCCUGGAGGGACCGGGGCGGCGGGGCGGCCUGCAGAUCGCUGCACACGUUUAUUUCCGUUUUCAGGAGAACGAAAGCAGCGGUCUUGUUACCCAGGGAGAUUUUUUUUUGGCUCUCCCUCUAGGACAGACCUAGGUUCUGUCCCCAGACACUGACUGCUCCCCAGGGAGGUCCCUCGUCCGCUCCUCCUAGCCCGGGACUUCUGGGCAGGUCCCCUAACCAGUGGGAAAAUGGCCAGACGGCUGACAGGUGCUGCGGGGGUGGCGGCCAGAGCCUGGGGGACCAUCGUCCUAUCAGCCUGGCGGGGUCACAGGGCAGGUUGUCUUUGACUUAGAAGCUCCCUGUGACGCAUGCUGAGCACGAGGCGGGAAGGGGGGCGGGAGAGCGCCCCGCGGGCACCCCGCUCGCCCUUACCUUGUUGUUGGCCUCCAGGUAGUUGUACAGCACGUUGAUGGAGAUGGUGAGGUCCCCGUUGUUGAAGGGGUACGACCUGUUCCAGCCCUGGGCCCCGAACUUGCGCCUCUCAGCCACCACGGCGUGGAAGUAGCACAGGGCGAAGAGGAUGCACUUGAACUCGAUCUCCUUGGAGCACAUCUCCAGGGUGUCCUGCCGGUGGGCACAGGCACCUUGGCUGGAACCCGAGUCCCCCUCCGUCAGCAGCCUCCCGGGGCGGGAGGGGCAGGGCAGGGGGGGAGCCCGCUGCCCGAGGCCCCUGCCCACAAGGGCUGGAGGAGAGCAUGCUUUCUUGUGCUCUGUCUUCCAGAAAUGUGAUUCUAUCACCUAAGUAUUGAUAUUAAGUCAGAUCAAACAGCUUAAUAAAAUAUUCCCAAACUCAGGACAUUUCCGGAUUCCUUCAAUGAGAAGCCCCGUCCCCCUGCAGCAGCGCCCCCCUCAGGUGCAGGCGGCCGCUCGCCCAGACUCUCUAGGAACGGGCUGGCCCUGUGUUCUCCGCACAGCGUCUCCGAACUGGGUCUUCGCAGGUGUUCUCAGACAGCACCGGGCAUCUUCCUUAAAAAGGCCUUAGACCCCACUGGGGAGACCAAGUGUGCGCACCCGGCAAGUUCUGGAGCGGGACAGAAGAUCAGGCGAUGCUAGGGGCUUGCGGAAGGGGGUCUGGAUGCGGGGGCAGC